UUCUCUUUCUUUUACCUAUGUCUUUUACUGUCUAUGGUGUUCUCGCUCGAGACUGGAAUACUCCAAAACAAUGAACCCCGACACGGUGGUCAGCAAACAGCGUGCCUUUCAAGUUGUCUGUGCACUGAUAUGCAGCGAAAAACAUAAAAAGAAAAACAGACGAAUAUGGAAGAGAGAACGUGUGGGACGACAACGGGAGCAGCCCGGAUUGUCUGUUCUGCAGAGGGAGCUGGAGAUGACUGAUGAGAAUGGGUUCAAUGAGCUGCUGCGGAUGACAACAGAGGAGUUUGAGUUCCUGCUGAGGAUGGUCGGACCCCUAAUAACCAAACAACACACAAAAAUGAGACGAGCGAUACCCCCAAGAGAUCGCCUGUCUGUGACCUUGCGCUUUUUGGCAACAGGGGAAACAUUCAGUUCCCUCAGUUCUGAUCACGGGAUUGGGGCCAGCACUAUUUCACAGAUAGUUAUGGAGACUUGUGGCGCUCUGUACCAGCUCAUGAAGAAAGACUACCUGAACACACCAUCAACAGAGGCAGAAUGGCGGGCAAUAGCCCAGGACUUUGAAUCGAAGUGGCAGUUUCCACAUUGCUUAGGUGCGCUUGGUGGGAAACAGAUUCAUAUACAGCCUCCAGCAAAAAGUGGCUGCCUUGACAAUAAUAACAAGGGGAGAUUUUCUGUGACAAUAAUGGCUGCAGUGGAUGCAAAUUACAAGUUCAUUUAUGCCAGCGUGCAAACCCAGGAUAAGGUCUCUGAUGCUGGACUAUUCACUCACUCGGACUUGUGUAAAGCGAUGGAUCAGGGUCUGCUGAACUUUCCUCCACCUGAACUAUUGCCCAACAGUGACAUAACAAUGCCGUACAUGUUUGUGGGUGAUGAGGAGUGUCCUUUAAGGCCUGAUCUCAUGACGCCAUAUCCAAAUGAGCAGAUGGACCACAGUCAGCGGGUGCUGAACUAUCGUCUUUCAAGGGCACGGAGAGUUGCAGAAAAUGCAUUCAGCAUUCUAGCAAACAGGUUAAGGGUUUUCAGGAGGACCAUAUUCUUGGAGCCUGAAAAUGUGGUAAAGAUCACUAUGGCCUCUCUAUGCAUCCAUAACUUCCUCCACAAGAGCAGGUCUGUGGCACAUACACCUCCAGCCUUUGCAGAUGGUGACCAAAGCAUAAUUGAAACAACCUGCAGGAAUUACGGGAAUGGGUCUUGUCAGACGGUGGAGCAAAGAAGGAAACCCAAUGUGUCUGUCACGGCAGAAAUGCAACGAAACCUUCUGUGUGAAUAUUUUGUGUCGCCGGCAGGUUUUAUUCCUUCACAAGAGGAACACAUUUAGCAUUUUAGGAUGUUACAGUAGAUUUUUUGUAGUGGAGAACACUAUCAAAUAUCAAGAAUCAAAUGUUUUUGUAAAGCACUCUUCACAAUACACAUUGUUUCAAAGUUGGUUUACAGAAAUGUAUGUGUGUGUGUGUGUGUGUGUGUGUGUGUUGCUCACUUUUUUACUGCAUUAACUGCAUUUUAUUUUAAUUUAUUUAUUGACAAAAAAGUGCAUUUACAAAAAAAAAUCAUUUUCUUUUUUCUUUUUUUAUGUGCUUUUUGUACAGAAUGACUUGUAUUAUACUAUAUCUUCAGACCAUGCAAAUUGCUAAUAUUUUGAUGUCAUUAAUUCAAUUACAUGUAACUACAAAGACUAUUUUUUUGUAACCUUAACAUUGUACAAUAAUUUAAAGUGUAUACAAUAAUUGUUUAAAGUUUUACGUAUAUUAGUGUACAGAUUCAAAAAAAAGUUUUUAACAUGUAAGGUCAACAUUGCUUUUGUAUUUUACAUCCGUUAAAUAAAUGUAACCCUGUUUACACAAUCAAA